AGGCUUCCAUCAAAGUCAAACAUUGUAUCGUAAUUGUGUAUGUAAUAUAUAUACUUCGAAUUGUGUAGCAAAUAUUGGAUAAAUAACCAAAUUUAUUAUUAUUAUUAUUAUAUAAUAUAUAAAUAUAUAUAAAAUAAAUAAUAAAAUUUUGUAAAAUAUGGCAAAACAAAUAAAAAUGGUACUAAUAGAUCUUAGUGGUACUCUUCAUAUUGAUAAUACAGUGAUUCCAGGUGCAGUGGAAGCUUUAAACAGGUGGCUUCGAAAUGCUAAUAUACCGUACAAAUUUGUCACAAAUACAAGUAAAGAAUCUAGCAACUUACUAUAUAAUCGAUUAACAAAAUUAGGUUUUACUGUUAAAAAGGAAGAAAUUUUUAGUAGUUUAAUUGCAACAAGAAAACUAAUCAUUUCGAAAAAAUUAAAUCCAAUGUUAUUGAUUGAUCCUCAUGCUAAUGAAGAUUUUGAAGAUUUGGUAAAAACAAAUGAAACAAUGAAUGCUGUAGUAAUUGGAUUGGCACCGGAUAAAUUUCAUUACGAAGAAUUGACAAAAGCAUUCAGGUUACUAUUAGAUGGUGCAUCUCUCAUAGCAAUUCAAAAAGCUCGAUAUUAUAAAAGAUCAGAUGGUUUAGCUUUAGGACCAGGGGCAUUUGUUGCUGGUUUAGAAUAUUCUGCUAAUGUAAAGGCAGAAGUCAUUGGAAAACCUACUGCAGAGUUUUUUAAAGCUGCUUUAGGAAACGUAUCUCCCGAAGAAGCAAUUAUGAUCGGCGAUGAUGUUAAAGAUGAUGUAGCUGGGGCUCAAACUAUCGGUAUAAGAGGAAUUCUAGUACAAACUGGAAAAUAUCGAAACGGAGAUGAAAACACAAUUACACCACUGCCUACAAAAGUAUGCAGCUCUUUCGUACAAGCUGUAGAAUAUAUUCUUAAAAAAGAAAUUUAAAUAUUAUGAUUUUGCAAUAAUAUAAUGUAUAUUAGUGCACAUGUACAUUUAUAUAAGUUAUUCUGUAUUAAAUUAUAUUUUAUUCAAAUAUUAAUAAUUCUCUAAUGAUAUACAUGAUCUAGGAAUAAUUUCACAAUAUAAUAGUUUAAUAUAAAGUAAAUAUCAUAAUCAUAAAGAAUUUUUUCUGAAAUGAAAUAUAACAUUAUCAAAUUGUAUUUUUUCUAAUAAUAAAAUGUAUUACAGAUUCUU